ACGUGGUGACACCCACACUUGAUCUCCUGGUCUUCUUCAUAGCCUUGCCCACUCUGACACCCAGUGUUCCCUCAGCUUCUCUCUUAUUCCAGUGAUAGGAACACAGACAGGUAACUGUUGCAUCUAGAGCAGGCUUCCAGCCAUGGAUCUCCGUGUCAGUACUCUCUUUGUGAUGCUUACUUUUUGCUUCUGGUAUGGAGAUGCUCGAAAGUAUUAUAAGAUUCUCACUGUGACAAAUGGAGGCCAAUGGGGUGAAUGGGCUAAGCCAUCGUUCUGCGCGGAAGGAUAUGUAAAGGGAUUCGCCUUGAAGGUAGAGCCCUAUCAAGGUAGUCUGGCAUGGAAUGAUGAUACAGGCUUGAACGGCAUCCGUCUCUACUGCGAUGAUGAUAAGAAAAUAACGUCCAAGGUUGGAGAAUGGGGAUCGUGGACAAAAGCUGUAUAUUGCCCUAAAGGGCACCUGACUUCCUUCUCAUUGCAAGUGGAACCUAGUCGAGGGGCUGUAAUUGAUGAUAGUGCAGCAAACAACGUCAGAUUCGGCUGCACGGAAGGGGCUGUUUUGACAGGCGAGGCACACAAUUGGGGGGAUUUUGGUGCAUGGAGCGAAUCCUGCUCUUCUGGUGCCAUAUGUGGGCUUCAGACAAGGGUAGAGCUCCCGCAGGGUAAUGGUGAUGACACAGCACUGAAUGAUGUGAAGUUCUUCUGCUGUAAUUGAAACCUAUACUUUCAGUACAUCUAAUGCAUGUUAGCAUGAAGCUUAUUGACUAUUAAAUCCUAAGUCCACA